AUGUACUGGAGUAAUAAUAUGUAAAGAUUCUAAGUAAAUAAUAUGUAAAUAUUAGAAAGAUUAUUUGCAAAUCAGAGCAUGAGGUCAUAUUUGUUUAGUAGAGUCAAUCAGGAGUGGAGAACACUAGGGGCAGUAUAAGACGUCCUCACGGAUUAAGGGUAUUUACAUUCGCUUAUGAGUUACGAUGUGUAAAACAUAUGCAGGGAGGAAAUUUAGGGGGGAUAAAUGACAUGUUUGGAUGUCGGCAACUUGGGUUACUUGCCUGCACAAAUCACCACAUACUGUACACGCCUCCGAAGACACUGAAUGAAGUAAUUCACAUAAAAUUCAAUAAAAUAGCAGCAUGAAUCUAUAAUAAAAAUAAAUAAAUACACACAUCAAAUAUCCUACACAGGUUCGCGGGGAGUCGGAACAGAUCCCAUGGGACUCUGGGCACAAUGCAGGGGACCCCCUGGACAGGGUGCAAACCCAUCACAGGGCAUAAUAUCAAACACACUCGCACACUACGGACAAUUUAGAUAUGCCAAACGCAUGUGUUUAGACUGAGCGAGAAAACCGGAGCGUUUGGGAGAGGUGGGAUUCGAACCCCAAACCCUGUAAGUGCAAGGCACUGUGCCCCGUAUCACAACAUAUAGGGAUCUUAUUUCCCUGGGUAUAAAACAGUUUGCUGCACAGUGUCAGAUGUUGUAUAUUGAAUAGACUCUGUCUAUGAUUAGUAAUUGUUGCAUAUAUACAAGGGAACAUUUCUAAACCUUUGGGUUAAAGAGAAAAUGUGGAGGUUUUUUUUGGUCAGUUAUACCCAGUGGAAGAUAAAUCUUUGAUAAUUUGUAAGAGCUCCUGGGAAUAAUAAAGCAGCCUUUAGUCUGUUGGAAUCCAGACAUACUCUUGCUUUCCCACCCCUUUUGUUGCCUGGGAAACGUGUUAUUAUGAGGCGGGUGCUUGUCUUUAAGCAAUCCUCCCUGUCUUUUUCUCAUUUUUUCCCCCUUGUUUUUCCCUCUUGUUUUUUUUUUUUUUUUUUAGAGGGAAGCAUGCCCACCAAGAAACUGAUCAAGUUCAACGAGCAGCACUCCCCCUCGUCUCUCAUUUAAAGCGUACACCAUCUCCAGUGUAGUCGCUGCUUUUCGUUAGUCUCCUUAUUGUGAAAUAAUUUGAAAUGGAGCGAUGAUAUUCUGUUUCUUUUGUGUACACUGAUUAGAAGUAUGAGAAUGGAAAAGUUCUAUGAAUUGGCUGAGAGUUAGAUGAGGAAUUAUUCAUAAUGGCAUGGACAGAGAGGCAAGCAAAAAAACAAAUAACAGAUGGAUGGAAGUGGAAGUGACUUCACUUCUGCAGUUUUUUAUCUGUAUCUAUGAAGGCAUCUCAUUUGCCGCAGCUAUUAAUAGUGCAAUUCCUGGUUCAUUCAUUGAUGCGUCAGAUUCCCAGGAGACAUGGAAAAUGAGAUGAGAACCCAAAAUUUGGUUGUGCAUAAGGCGGGAUGAGUUGUAUAAUUUGACGUGUGUCUGCUUGCUUGGGCUCUGUUCAUGCACAACAAACACACACAUGCACAUGUGUAAUUCUGUAUUUGUGGGAUAUUAAAAAAAAUUUUUUCGCAGGGUUUCUACUUUGUACCAGCCAUAGGUUUAUAGGGACAUAUUUUUAUGGGGUUGUUUGUUCUCCAUAAUGAGUUAAAAAAAAAAAAAAAAAAAAAAAAAAACAUUCCCACACAUACAAGCACACUGGUGGCUGAUGGCUUUAAGGGAAAACACUGUAGUGUAUGGCUAUGCUUAUGUAGGGCUUGGUAACCAAGGCAACAAACAACAUCAGAAACAGAAUGAUCAAGCUAGUCGGCUGGGCGUGAAGAGAAGUAAAGAGCAUUAAUACACUAAAGUGGGCACACACACACACACACACAACACCCAUUAAGACGUUUUGUGCAGAAGGCUUGUAAGCCAUUUUGGACAUCUUGGGAUCUCACAAAUUUGCACGGAGUUAACCGGAAGUUGCUGCCGGUUCCCACCUGCUGUCUCAGUCUUCCCACUCAUACUGCAGUAUCCAAUCUAGAAGUGUGAAGCAAGCUCAUCUCUGAGACAUGCAAAGCCAGCUGCUGCAUCUUCUGAGAUGAAUACUGACUGCCCACAUCUGUAUAUGUGAGCUGGCUGACACCUAUGAUUGGAAAAUAUAACCUACUUUUUGUCUUCUGUCUGGGGGCCUCACGCAGCCAUGCCAUUUGGCUGUUUAAUUUUCGGAGAGAAGAAGGAUUAUAACAAUCCUGGUGAGGUCACUGACAAAUAUGACCUGGGGCAGAUGGUCAGAUCGGAGGAGUUUUGUGAGAUUUUUCGGGCAAAAGAGAAGAACACACAGAAAAUGUACACCUGCAAGAAAUUCCUGAAGAAAGACGGGAGGAAAGUGCGAAAGGCUGCAAAGAAUGAGAUACUUAUCUUGAAAAUGGUGAAGCAUCAUAACAUCCUCCAGCUGGUUGAUGUCUUUGAGACAAGAAAAGAGUACUUCCUCUUCCUGGAACUGGCCACAGGCAGGGAGGUGUUUGACUGGAUCUUAGACCAGGGCUACUACUCCGAACGUGACACUAGCAAUGUUAUCAGACAAGUGCUUGAGGCUGUGGCUUAUCUUCACUCUCUCCGCAUUGUGCACAGGAACCUGAAGUUGGAAAACCUUGUUUACUACAAUCGUCUGAAGCACUCUAAAAUCGUCAUAAGCGAUUUUCAUCUGGCCAAACUGGAGAACGGACUUAUUAAAGAGCCUUGUGGCACUCCUGAAUACCUUGCUCCAGAGGUAGUCGGCAGACAGCGAUAUGGCAGACCAGUGGACUGCUGGGCCAUCGGAGUGGUCAUGUACAUCCUACUGUCAGGAAACCCUCCUUUUUAUGAUGAGGCAGAUGAUGAUGAUGAUGACAGUCAUGAUAAAAACAUGUUCCGGAAAAUUCUGUCGGGAGACUAUGAGUUUGACUCACCCUACUGGGAUGAUAUCUCAGAUUCUGCUAAAAGUCUUGUUGCAUCUUUAAUGGAAGUGGAUCAAGACCAAAGACUGACUGCACAGGAGGCAAUCAGCCAUGAGUGGAUAUCUGGGAAUGCAGCUUCUGACAAGAAUAUUAAAGACGGUGUGUGCGCUCAGAUUGAAAAGAACUUUGCUAAAGCAAAAUGGAAGAAAGCAGUCCGUGUGACCACCUUAAUGAAGAGGCUCCGAGCUCCAGAUCAGAGUGAUUCUGGGGCCUCGAGUCCAGCUUUAGGAGCAGCGGCAGGAUCAGUGACUCCGAGCAGCACACCGGUUGCCUUGGCUGCAACCCCUGAACCUCCCUGCAGCACCCUUGAGCUUCAGGAAAUAAGAGCAGGAGAGGCUCCAGCACGAUGUAAUGGAGAGCUUCGUGUGGAGACCAGAGAAGAGCAGAAUGGCUAACAUGGAUGUACACAAAGGCAAGCACACUCAUUUUAGAAAAGAAGACAUACUGAAAAUCACUGGUCAAGUGAAACUAACUUGUUGAGAGCCAUUUACUCAUACUCAUUUCGUUUGCAUAGCCUUCCCUGUUUGUACGUUUUGGAAUUGUCCAAAUCUACUUAUAAACAGUUUAGAGUAACAUAAAAUGACAAAGACAUUAUAAUAAAAAUGGAGCAUUAGUUCACGUUCACAUGUCUUAAGGACAGUCAAAAAAAAAUUUAGAUUCACAGUUUGUAAAUAUAAUAGAAUAUUCUAAGCAAAAUUGCAUUUUGCUUCCUGUUUAUGUAAUAAAUUAUUCAUUUAUGAGGCUACUUUGCCCCUGCAACCAUCUAAAUGAUGGUUGUGGGGCAAAGUAGCCUAAUAAAUGAAUAAAUGAAAAAACUAAUAAAUGAAACAUGGAAAGGAAAAUUAUGCCUUUUAGAUGCCUAACUGCAUAAUAUUUACCUAUCACAAUGUUAGUAUGUUGCUGCAAAAUGGAAUUUCCCAUGAAAUUAAUGUAAGAUUUGUGCGUCUGACCUGAAAGUCCCCAUGAAAUCAAAAUGGAAGUUUUGUGGCUUUUAGUAUGAAUAUGUUAGCCUUAAGGUUGUCUGUAAGCUAGUGUGCGUCAAAACAAUGACAACAUUCGCAUUUAUAAGAUAUAUGCAUUCAAAAUUGACAGUCUCUCUCUACCACCAAUACGGAUCAACAGUUUUCAUGACAUCAUUCUGCACUUCAGUUUCUAAUCCGAUUUUCUGUCCAAUCAAAUGCUCUCUAGAAUCUGAAGUGUCCCGUUCCCAACAGUUGUAUAGUUUCCUGGCUUUGAGUUAAACUAUAUAUUAUUGGCUAUUUACAGCCACUCGAUAUGUCCCACCCUCACUUCCUGUUCAGUGGAAAUUACAUCAACACAUCGAAUAAUGCUGCACGAUUCAAGGCACUUCACAGGGACUUUAAGUUCUAUUUUUUCCUUUGAAAGUUAACCCUUACUGCGGUAUACCUUUCCUGCCAUUUGAGAAUAAAUCACCUUUUAAUGUGUAGUGACUCAAAACACAAUCAUAUAGCAUUCUUACUAAUGUUUCAAAUGCAAAACUGCUAUAGAAAUAAUAACAGAGGUUACAGUGACUUGUGGUAAUGACUCUAAUUUACUGAUUUGAUGUCUUUUAUGCGUAAAUUAUGAAAAAUCCUUGAUACUACGCUGUUAAGUGUCAGUAUUCGGUGUUAUUUCUUGCUGUACAAAUACCUUUUACUCUGUUCAUCACGUGUUGAUGCCUUUCUCUGUCUUCGUGGCAUUUACAUUUAUUGGGUCUCAUUUGUCAGAUUGGCUUUUAAUCAAUUUUUUCUUAAAUCAUUCACAAGAGCACUUAGACAAGAAAUGUGUUAUUCAUGAAAAUCCAGUUAGUUCGUAAAAAACGUUCAUAUCCUACGAGUGCUCCCGAGUUUGUGUGAAUUGGUGCCUAUAAAGAGACUUAGUAAUGUAAACCCAGAUUGUUCAGUUUCAAGUAAUACAAUUAGCAUGAGUUUUAUAUAUGGAUUACACUCGCUUUUCAUUUCAAUUGCACUGAAACUCAGUGAUUUCAUAUUAAAGACAAGAAAGGAAGAAUCCAAAACAUAUCCAAAAAUUAAGACAAAUAAACUUAGCUAUUGAAUUUGGACAAAUGAAAUGGCACCCUAUAAAAGGAGGCGGAGUUAUUGUAUGUCUAUGGUAGGCGACACACUGCGGUGGCUGAGCUGCAUUACUGUAAGAUCUAGCACAAGUCACACUUAGGAGGUGCUCUUUUGUCAUUUGGUCAGCAUUUUGUCAUUUUCAGCUCUCUGAGCUUUGCCUUUUAUGGAGUUUUACGGAAGUCACUAAAUGUAAAUCAGCUGUUCUGGUAAUUUGGUGGUUGGCAUUUAUCAACAUACCCACAUGAGUAUGAAGAAAAUCAGUGUUACCUAAACUUUUCUAAAUCUGUCAAGAAUUGUUUAAACACAUUUACUAAAAGUUUGAUAAAUGACACCCAUUUCAUGUGCCAUAAACUUACUGUAUGUCUACUCUAAGCUUUCAAGUUGGCUAGUUGUCUCUCAGAAGAGAUGAUUGCUUAAUAAAAAAAAAUGCGCAUGUGUCCUUAUUGAUCUUGAUGUUUUGUAAUGAAUCUAUUCUGUACACAUAAACCUUUGUCUUCACAUGUAAUUUAUAUUUUCCUAAUGAGGUUAACAUGCCAAAUUCAAUCAAGCCUUUACUAUUUAUUGCUAAAAUUUAAGACAUUUUGCCAAAUAGAUAAAUAUACCAUUGGACUUUUUAGCAGACUAUUUGCUGACUAAGGAAUGAUUUUAAUAGUAGUUCAGUAGUUUACAUCAUCUUUGAUGUAAUUGGUGUUUUCAAAACCAUUUACAUGUUGAUCGAAUAGUCUAUACAUUGACUUAAGAUCUGGUUUGAUUGAAUUUGACCAUAAAUUGUAUGUUUGUUGUGUAGAUGUGGUAGAUAUAUGUACUGCAUUUCACAGAGAAAUGCAUAAUAUACCGAAUACAGUAGUCAUUGUGUAGUUAGUAAAAUACAAGUCCAUCAGUGGGAUGUUAAUGGAUUCUGUUUAAUGUGCAGUACAAACUGAGCAAUAUCUCUAUUGCUGUGAUACUGUGAAACUGCCAUACUGGUGAUGUGGAGGGGCACUUGCCAUAUUUCCUACAGCUUGUUGAGCAAUUUACAUCAUUGUUUCAUGCAUAGUGUUCUUUUUUUGUUAUUUUUUUGGACAUUAUUGUACUUCACAAUGAGUUUAUUUUCAUUUAUUAAAAGUUUCAUUCGUUUUUAACAGCUGCAUAACACUUGAUCACAUUGUUGUGGCCAUGUAACUAGUAUUUAACUAGUCACUGAUUUCAUUUGGUAGGUUUUUUUUUUAAGUUAUUUAAUUAUUAUUUAUAAAUUAGUUUAACAUAUUUUAGUCUAUGCUGAGUUGAUGCUCUGUUAAUGUAUCAAUGCAGUAAUUAACACACUUUCACACAGCAGACUCACCCUUAUAAGUAUCAUGUUUGUGUUUGAAUUGCAUCUCUAAUAAAGACAUUGCUUAGGUUAAGCAUUCA